AUGUAUGAGUCUCAGGUCACGUUUGUCAUGGACACCAUAUGUCCUUGGCUCGAUCACGCUCUUGACCAAGUCCGUUCCUCAUCCUCUUCCACCAUCUCCUUCACCCUCCAUUUCUCCCCCUUCCAGCCAAGCCCCAACCGCGAGGCCACAAUCCCAGACCGUGCCGCGCAUGCCCUCCACCACAAGCACAACGACAAUGCAACCGCUCAGCAACUCUUCCAGGCACACAUGCUCUCCCUGGCGGAACCGCUAAACGUCCCGCUCGGUUUCACAGGGCCGACGGGCAACUCCUUUCCCGCUCACCGGGUUAUUCAGCAGGUCCAGGAGGUAUAUGGGACGGACACUACGAAUAAGCUCGUGGAUGCGAUAUUUAGGCUGUACUUUGCAGAGGGAAGACAUCCUGGCGAAGAUGAGAUGCUGAUCGAGGCUUGUGUUGAGGCUGGAGUGGAUGAGAAAGAGGCCAAGAGCCUGGUGGAGGACAAGGAGAAGGGUGAGAGAGACACUAAGGAGAAGAUUAGAAGUAUAGGGAUGGAUAUUGAUUCGGUGCCAACUGUGAUUAUAGAAGGACGUAGGAGAGACUUGACGCUGACGGGGCUGAAAGAAGUUGCCGAGUAUGUGAAGGCCUUCGGGACGAUCACCAAGGAGAGCACUUAG